AUGGUUUCGCUUCGACCUUCAGUCGGAUUUCUCUCGAGCCUGAUAGUUCCUGCGAGGCAGGUUGCUCUACCAUCUCGCUGCUCUGUGAGAGGACCAUGCCACAAGACGCUCGUGAUGCAGCAAACAAGCUCAGUGACAAGACAAGAAUGUCUGCAAGGGUUUUCUCACAAGUUCUCCAUCUAUAUCGAAGACACUGAUUGUUAUGGUGUUGUAUACAACUGCAACUACCUCAAAUUCUUCGACAGAGCAAGACAAACAGCUCUUGGGCUUCUUCCCCUCAAGAACCUGCGCAGAAAGGACGUAGAACUUCUGACCACCUACGUCGACGAGCUCCGCCUACCUGGUGCUGCUGUGCUGGGACAGGAGCUGAGGAUCGAGUCGAAGGUUGUGGCAUCGAAGGGGAGAGGAGGGAUACAAUGGGAGCAGAGCCUGAUCUGUGAGGACACGGACGCUGUGCUGGCGAAGAUGGAGGCGACGACCAAGUUUGUUCAUGCGUCCUCCACCGGCAUAGGCGAUGUUCUUGAAGCAUUCCGUGGGAAUUCCUCCGUGCGUUCAUGGCUGGAAGAAGGAGAGGAGGAGGAGGAGGCUGCAGGAGAGACCAGGACGUUUGUGAUGGAGGGGAGAGUGCACGAGGAGGAGGUGAUUGUUUUUGCCGACGACUUCGAUGGGAGGGGGAGGAUUUCGGACUUGAGGUAA